ACUAGCCACCCGCACAGUAAAGAACAAGCCACUCUUCAGCCACAUUGCGAUUAUGUAAUUAUUCCAUAGAUUGAAUCGCUCCAACUCUUACAUAAAAGCUCAGGUGGAAACAACUGACCUAGGUAUUACAUCAGCCUUGUCAGUGGGGGUCUGUGCAUAACAUAUUCCGCACUAAUCCUAAUCAAGAGCUGAGCUUGCCGGGAUUUCGUAACGAAGGCAGCCUCACAUACGACAGCCUUUCUAUCUGUUUAUCAACUUCCAUCAAGCUCGCUUAUCUUGAGUAUACCAAGCUCCCCCAUUCCAUUCUGUUUCUCAAUUUCCCUAUUCCCCUUCCUCAAGAUGCCUGCCACAACCGCCGAGACCCUUUCUUUCGUCAAUAAAAAUGUUACAGUUGCCCCUCUCGUCCUCCUCUCCGUCGUAGACCACUUCAAUCGGGUAGCAAAAGGCACGCGGAAGCGAGUCGUCGGUGUGCUAUUGGGUCAGAACGAUGGAAAAAAUGUACGAGUGUCAAACAGCUUCGCAGUUCCGUUCGAGGAAGACAGCGAUGAUCCGUCCGUUUGGUUCUUAGAUCACAACUACGUCGAGAAUAUGAAUGACAUGUUCAAGAAGGUCAACGCCCGAGAGAAGUUAAUAGGCUGGUACCACUCAGGACCUAAGCUGCGCGCAUCUGACCUUCAGAUCAACGAACUCUUCAAGAGAUAUACACCAAACCCGCUACUGGUCAUCAUCGACGUCCAACCUAAGGAGUCUGGCGUUCCGACGGAUGCGUACUUCGCGGUAGAGGAGAUUAAGGACGACGGCACAACCACAUCCAAGACCUUCGUACAUACACCUUCCACCAUCGAGGCCGAGGAAGCGGAGGAGAUCGGUGUCGAGCACCUGCUCCGAGAUAUUCGCGACGUAGCUAUUGGCACUCUGUCGACGCGGAUCACAAACCAGCUGCAAUCGCUACAAGGACUACACCUCCGAUUACGUGACAUCCAAGCGUACCUUCAGAAAGUUCAAGAUGGUAAAUUACCAGUGAACCAUGCCGUCUUAGGAAACCUCCAGGAUAUCUUCAACCUCUUACCUAACCUAUCGACACCCAAGCCCGGUGUUGAUGGAAAGAGCGGUAAUGUGGGUGAGCUAUCUUAUGCGAUGAGCGUCAAGACGAACGACCAGCUUCUCGCCAUCUACCUAAGCAGUUUAAUCCGGGCCAUCACGGCUUUCCACGACUUAAUCGAGAACAAGAUCCAGAACCGACAACAGCAGGAAGAGAAGGAGGCAAAGGAAGAAGCUGCCGCGACGGCAGGGAAAGACGAGAAGGAGAAGAAGGAGAAUGGCGUUAACGGCGUCGGUGGCGAGACUACGGAGAAGAGUAGCGACAAGGAAAAGAAGAAAUAGCAAAGCUUUUAUGAGUAGAUGGAAUACCAAAUUACUGCAACCCCUGUACAUUAAUACUCUUUGGACGAGAGCUGAUUUCGAGGUUGGGGAUACCUCAUGCAUGCAAAUCUAUAGAGUUCUGACCAGGGGCUAAUCCCUGAUGAAGGCAUCAUUUUAUCUCCUAAGCCUUACUUCCUCAUAGGCGAUAGUUGUAUGCCGGUGUUUAUACGCUAUUACAUUAUAGCCCUUCCUAGGGAUAAAAUACUCGUCACUUCAUUCAUCAUUCACCAUGUCAUGUCAUAAAACGACCCUUCCUUCCGACAUACACACCUACCUACCUCCUCAUACAUCCGCCACCAAACCCGCAGCCUCCUCCCUCCCAACAACCCUCUCAUCCACAUACCCACCAAGCACAGCACUCCACCUCUCAGCCAGCACGCACGCCAGCAAGUGCUUGCAGCACGGCACCCCGGCGAUCCCGCUUCCUUGGACGCCGUCGAGGCUCAGAGCCCCGAAUUGCCAUUCCAGCGCGUCGUCUUUGGAGGGCUGGCGGGGUGCGGUAUUAAUGACGUAGCGGUCCUCGCCCCGCGGGAACGCGGCAAAGGCGAAGGCGGCGCAGCUGCAGUUCCAGGAUGAGAGGCGCACGACGUACCG